CUGCCUCACAGCAGCAGCAGCUUCUUCUUCGACCCUUGACCUCAAAGAGGCCAAUAAAACAGGCUGCCUCACUUCGAGAGUGCUAGAACCAGGCGCUGAAUGAAAUGGAACCGCUGGACUAGGAAGCGGAGCCGCACGACUCGCUUACGAGCAGAAUGAUCAGUGUGCCGGGUGGCUCCACGAGUUUUUAAAUGUUGGCGAUCUAGAUUACAAGUACUGCGGGGGAGCGAGCGAUGGCUUCUUUCUCUCUCUCUCUCGGUAGAUGAUAGACUAGAAUCGAUCACGUUGAAUCGGUCGCUCCCCCUGCAAGGCUUGCAGUGAGAUGGGAGCUGGCCCCAAAAUUCAGAAUGUGCUUGUGUCUGGAAUUGGUGCAUCGAGCUGCGAUCGGGUGAAUUGGUGAAUUACGAGGCUGCAGGUAGGCCGAAGUAGUUGCUGCAGCGGAUCGGAUGUUCGAGCGCGAGGAGUGAUUUGAGAGGAAUUCUGGAGGAAUUCCUGGCCGGGCGACAUGAAGGUUUUCGCCGUCUCGAAAUUGCUCUGGUUCAUGAGGCCCAGAGGAGGAGGAGGAGGAGGAGGAGAGGCCGGAGGAAAGAAGCGCAGCACCGAGGAGGCACCGAAUGCCGCUGACAUUCGGGCUGCAGAGCUGCUGCUGCAGACGAGGCCUCCAGCGAUGGCGAUGGAAAGCUGUCCACGGCGGGGGCACGACGACGAAUUGGUGGUGGUGGUGCCCGAGGAAGGGCCGUGGGCAGGAUUGACGGGGGAAGCGCUGGCGGAGGUGUUCGAUCGGCUGCCCUUGGAGGACAGGAUGCGGGCGGUGCCGCUGGUCUGCAAGGACUGGAGAGAGGCAGCGCUGAGCCCCACGGCGUGGAGGAACGUGGACAUGGGGCCGUGGAUGGCGAGCAAGGCCGACGAGUACUGCGACUGGGAAUCCGAGGUCGACAUGAAGGCGGCCGUGCUCGCGGUGGUGGAUCGCAGCAGGGGCCAGCUCAAGCGCCUGAGGACUGGCUACUGCACCAACGAAAUCGUCGAUUACAUCGCGGCCAAGUGCCCGCUGCUGCAGGAGCUCUCGAUUCACCAUAGCUUCAUGGUGGGCGAUGAAUCGGCGACAAAUCUCGCCAGGCGCUGCAGAAAGCUCGAGAGGCUCGAUCUGAGCGAGUGUUACAGCGUCUCGGCGGCCUCAAUCCGGGCCUUCGGUCUGAAUUGCCCAUCGCUCGUGAGCUUCACGCGCAACAUGACCGACAUCCUGCACUACGACCACGUCGUUGCGCCGCGCGGCGACGAGGAGGCGGCGGCCAUCGCCGCCCACAUGGUGAGCUUGCAAGACUUGCACAUGCGGAGGAUGUCGAGUCUGACGGACUCCGGGCUGCUCCUGCUCGCCCACAGCUGCUGCGAGCGCCUGCAGACGCUGGACCUCGCCUGCUGCGACUCCCUGUCGCAGCAGGCCCUGGACAAGGCGUCGGCUCUCUGCUCGAAGCUGCGCCAUUUUGUCAGGCCCAUCAAAGCUCGAAUGCACGUCGACCCCAAGUUCAUGCCCGGCUUAUACAUCGUAAGUUAUUAGUAGGCGCAUUAAAUCCCGCUCGAAAAUGGAAAUCCAUAUCCCACCUCACUAGCGAGAAUGCUGGACACUACAAAUCAGGUUAUCGCAUCGAUUCAGAACUGGCCAGCGUCUGCUGAAUUCGACUGCAGGUAGUCUUCAAUCGGAUAUGUCGAGCAUGAGGACCGUGACAGGAUGUGGAUGGGUUUCCUCUUCACUACGUACUGUAAUUUCUUUGCAAUGAAAGAGUCUUGUUCUUGAGCCACUGUCUUCGGAUCUGUAGCUCUCAGUCCUGGGAGGGAGAGAGAAGUCGAUCGGCGCUUUUAAUCUCGUAAUCGUGUUGCUAGCUGUCGUGAAGACGCUACUGGCGAAGCUUGUGUCUGCCUCUGCAAUUGAAAUUUUUCCCGGUACACGAGCUAAUGAGCUGAAUAAGUCCAACUGAUUCACUAACUGAACCCACGGGGACAGGCUCUUGCUGUUGCUGUCUCUCUAUAUGAAAUUACUCGUAAUAAGAGCCAUGAGAUACUCAUGAGCAUUUUCAGUG